GUCGCUGAGACGUACAAUACAGCGUGUCGUUAUUUAUCAUUAUCUGGGCGUGGAGGUGUCGCCGGCAGAAGAUGCACUCUAGUGUGCGUCGCAGAUAAUGCAAAUAUGUCGUUUCUCUCACAAGGCGUUCUUUGUGAUGCACCACGGUAGCACAAAACGGGUUGUUGUCGUCAUUGAUGAUGUGGACGCUAAUAAAUAUGCAGCUCUUCUGUGCAAGCAUUCCCCCAGACGCCUUCGACAGAUUGCAGGAGGACAACACCGGCUUGCUAGUGGACGACGGAGACUUGGUGUAUGCUGCUCGUCUCAGAGACGGGUUUCGAGCCACAUCAGCCCGGGCCUCUUCGCGAUGGGUAGGGCGAACACUUUUCAAUGCUGCCUCUGGGGCGCUGCGCCUGGGAAACAUCCAAGAAGGGGAUUCUGGCGAAUAUCUCUGCCUUCUCAAGUUCAUUGGAGGUGCACAGACCAACGUUACUCAUCGCCUGUUAGUGAUCGGCACGCCCCCGCGUAUAACCGCAGUGAAAGGCCCUGCGGACCCAGAAGGUCCGUGGCCUCUAGGGGCCUUUAUGGAACUGGCGUGUCUUCCUCCUCAAGGUCUGACAGCUCUGGAACUGUUGUGGAGCACCGAACCGGAAGACCUGCUCGGGACAUCCCUGGUAGAAAGGCGUGUUGGCCCUAUGGUGCUUCUUCUUGAAGGGAUCCUCAAGCGACAUCAUAAAGGCACUCGACUCAGCUGCUCUACACGAGCUGGAGCGCAGGCUCACGUCUCGCCCCAAAUUCUAAUGCCACCGGCUUGGGUGCGGCUCGUGUCCACAGGGUCCUUGGUAGCUGGACGUAGCGCUGAGCUUGAAUGCCUCUCUUGGGGCUCCUAUCCGGAGGCAACUCUUUCGUGCAGUCUGUCAGGGCUUCAACUGCAACUACAAUUUGUUCAUUGGGAUGGCAAUGUGAGCACAGCUUCCAUUCGCUUAGAACCGACGCCUGAGCAGCAUGGGAGCAGACUUCGCUGUUCAGCACGCAAUACGCUUCUACCCAUGGAACCUGCAGUGCAGGUGGACACAAUACUCAAUGUACUUUAUCCUCCUGUCACCGCCUCCAUACGCCUCUGUACCACAACUCACGGCUUCAGCGGCUUAGUUUAUAGCGGUGACAUACUGUGCCUUCUCUGUUUGGCUAAUGCCAACCCUGCACCGGACAAUAUCACCUGGCUACGCGACGGCUGGGUGCUUGGGCAUGGUCAGCGCAUUGCUCUCGGACCAGUGAGCCUUGAAAACGACGGGGCGGUCGUACACUGUUCUGCAGCCAACACCCUAGGAGAUGUAGAGAGCGCGGUCAUAAGGUUGCGCGUGCAGCCUGCACCCAAGUCAUUCGUUGGAAUAUGGCUCUUGAUACCAGUGGCAUCUGCUGUGGCAACGGCCUUGAUGGCGUUGUUGUGGUGCACAAAGAACGGAACUGCGUUGCGAUGCAAUCCACAUCAGAUGCAUUUUCACUUUCCGCGCUUUCAGGCACGUGCCUAAUCUUGUGAGCGUGAACCAGUUUCUGGCGAAUAAACACUCGCCGCAUGUAAUUUUUCUACUUCUAAUUUAUUAAAAAUUAUGAAUGAAAAAUAACUGUGGGGACCAUGGUGGAGGGAGGUAACCAACUUUUCCCCACACAGUGUUUCUGAACACGAUACUUGGAAGUGUUUUUAUCUUUUGAAAUGUCAAAGGCAAUAAAGCAAACAAACGAG